UUUUCAUUACCCACGUCAGUUUUAAAAAAUGGCUCAUAGGACGUGGCAUAUGUUUUCUUUAAUAACACUAAUAUUUACAAUUUUAUCACAUGUCGGCGAAUCAUCUUCGUCGUCACCGACACCAUGGUACGAAAAUCUACCAGCAGUGACCAUGGAUUACAAAGUACACAUUGACGCUGGCAAAGAAGAUUGUUAUUUUCAGUAUGUCCAGCAGGGCGCUACUUUUUACGCGAGUUAUCAAGUGUUAAAAGGAGGCGACGGAAUGUGUGGGUUUGCGGUUCGGCACCCUAAUGGACAGAUAGUGCACCCAUACGAGUGGCGCCAGAGUGCUGAGUAUGCCGACCAGUCGAGCUCUGGUGGUUAUUAUGCCGUGUGUAUAGACAACCAGUUCUCAAGGUUUGCAGGAAAACUAGUCAACUUGUACCUUUCUGUGAUUAGGUACGAUAAAUGGGAGCAAUAUGCAAAGGAGGUAGAGGAACUCGACAUGAAUAUCAAGAAUUUUACUAAUUCAAUACAAUUUGUCGAGCGCAAUGUCAAUGACAUAUUACAAUAUCAAUAUCAUUCCAGAGCAAGAGAAUCUCGAGAUUAUAAUUUACUAGUCGACAAUAAUGCUUAUGUGUUAAGGUGGUCUUUCAUUCAAAUUAUAGCUGUUGCGGCAACAGGCACACUGCAAGUCUAUUUUGUAAGAAAACUCUUUGAAGUUAAGGAAAACUCGUCUAAAACGAGAAUAUAAUUUUUCAAAUAUUCUAUUAUAAGGAAAAGACACAAUUAACUCUUGACUGAAUCAACUCAUUCCUUGUUAAGACUAUUUACUUUACUUAUUAUCUGAUCUCUUUUUUUUUCUAUUUUUUCUUUACCUGACCAUAAUCAUAAUUAGUAUAACAUACAAUAGAUUAAAAAUAAUAAGGUCAUAAAUAUUAUUUAAAAUAGAAUUCAAUAAGAUAUUUUUAACAAUUUUUAUUUUAUUUUUGCCUUUUUAUAUUUGAAUUUUUUUUGUUAUUGUUGUUAAAUUAACAUAUAUUUAUAAAAAAAAAUUGAAUGAAAAUAUUUUUUGU